CGCCUCCUGCCUUUUGCAUAGUCCACCCACCACCACCGCCCACCAUGGGCGCGUUCGACCCCGUCGUCACCUUUGAGAAGGGCACAUACAUCGAGACGGACACUGGGAACAAGGUGUCCCGCAAGGCGACGAUACUCGGCGCGACGAAUAUCGUGUUAGGCGGCAAGAGCAUUAUCCAGACGCGCGCCAUAAUCCGCGGCGACCUCCGGCGCUCCGCGCCCGGCCAACACGUCGUCGUCUCAAUGGGCCGGUACUGCCUCAUCUCGGAGGGCGUCGUCCUCCGCCCGCCAGGCAAGAUCUACAAGGGCGCCUUCACGUUCUACCCCGUCCGCGUGGCCGACUAUGUGCAUAUCGGGCCCGACGCGAUCGUUGAGGCGGCGAGUAUUGGGCAUGGGGUUGAGAUUGGCGCCAGGGCCGUUGUGGGCAAAUUCGUCAUCAUCAAAGACCUCGCCCUCAUCCUCCCCGACGCCGUGCUCCCCGACGGCACAGUCGUCCCCUCCAUGACCAUCUGGGGCGGCAACCCCGCCCGCAUCGUCGGCACCCUGCCAGAGACGUACCAGGAGACGAUUGAAGAAAAGUGCAAGGGCUACUACCAGCGCUUCAGGAGUGUCUAGCAGGCGGCCCAGACGACGCACAACGCAUACCCC